GGGACUGGGACCGGGACAGGGACCUGGACCGGGACCAGGACCGGGACUGGGACCGGGACAAGGACCUGGACCGGGACUGAGACUGGGACCAGAACUGGGACUGGAACCUGGGCUGGGACAAGGACCAGGACCAGGACCGGGACUGCGACUGGGACAUGGACGGGGAUUGGGACUGGGACCAGGACUGGGAUUGGGACUGGGACUGGGACCGAGACCAGGACCAGGACUGGAACUGGGACCAGGACCUGGACCUGGACCUGGACUUGGACCAGGUCCAGGACCGGGACCAGGACUGAGACUAGGACCAGGAUCAGGACUGGGACCGGGACUGGGACCAGGACCAGGAUCAGAUCCGGGACCGGGACCGGGACUGGGACCAGGACCAGGACUGGGACCAGGACCGGGACCCUGUGCGGAGCGGCCCAGUCCAGGCUCGCGGGACGUCGGCCAGGACGUCCCACUUCUGGGAGGAGACCUGGGAGCCCAGGAGAAGGCCAAGCCCUGGGGCGGGACAGGGAGCGCGGCACACACUGGGACACACUGGGAGGCACUGGGAGCGGUGCCCAGGGACAUCACCCGGGAAUGGAAGACCUCUGAGAUGCCACUCUUGAAGGUCCCAGAGACAGGAUGACACCUGCAGACGUCCCAGGAGAGAAGACCCGGGGGGACAGAGCACCCAGGGGCACCUGGGGACAACGAACGCCCGGAGAUGCCACCUAUGGACGUGUCCAGACAUGGAGGACAGGGCUGGAGACCUCCUCGCCCCAGGGCACGAGAGCCCGGCACCGCGUUGGCCCAACCCAACCCAACCCAACCCAAGCUCUGGCCGGCCGGGGUGAUUCAGCCAGAGACCAGCAGACCUGGGUUGGGGUUUGGAGGGAGAACAACACCCCGAGCGUGGCCCUGCCCUGCUUUGAAGACCUCUCUGGUCCCCGGCCGUCGCGGGACACAACCGGCGGCGGUCACGUCCCGCUCGGUCCUUGCGCCGCUCCUCGGGGCUCCGUUGACGGGUGAAGAUGAAGCCGGGCUGCUGCUGCUUCCUCCUCGUCCUCUUCCUCGGCCCCUCGAAGGCUACGGCAGGGGGGGGGAUCUGCCGUCCCGCAGCCUCCUGCGAGAACGGCGGCACGGCGGUGGCCGGAGGUUGCGUUUGCCCGCCCGGCUUCAACGGCACCAGCUGCGAGCUCCGGGAUCCCUCCAAAGCGUGCCAGAACGGGGGCACCGCCGUGGGCACCAAGUGCUACUGCCCGCCGGGCUUCAAGGGAGCCUUGUGCCAGCUGGAGGACCCGGCCGGCGCCUGCAAGAACGGGGCCGAGGCCUUCGGGACGGCGUGCGUGUGCCCGCCGGGCUACCAGGGACCCACCUGCCAGGACGAGGAGCUGCCCAGCUCGUGUCUCAACGGCGGCACCCUCUCGGGGUCGGGGUGCCGCUGCCCCCCGACCUUCUGGGGACCUCGGUGCGAGUGCAAGUACCCAGACGGGCUGUCGGUGCCCACCACGACCACGGCCUGGAGGCAGAACGUCACCGCCGGUAAAAAUGACACAGUGGAGGUGUCCCAGCACCCGCCGAAUGGCACCCACCUCACCACGACGCCCAGACCCAUCUCCCAGCCCAACAGCACGGCGGAGGUGUCCCAGCACCCACCGAAUGGCACCCACCUCACCACGACGCCCAGACCCAUCUCCCAGCCCAACAGCACGGCGGAGGUGUCCCAGCACCCACCGAAUGGCACCCACCUCACCACGACGCCCAGACCCAUCUCCCAGCCCAACAGCACGGCGGAGGUGUCCCAGCACCCACCGAAUGGCACCCACCUCACCACGACGCCCAGACCCAUCUCCCAGCCCAACCACACUGUGGAGGUGUCCCAGCACCCACUGAAUGGCACCCACCUCACCACGACGCCCAGACCCAUCUCCCAGCCCAACCACACUGUGGAGGUGUCCCAGCACCCACUGAAUGGCACCCACCUCACCACGACGCCCAGACCCAUCUCCCAGCCCAACCACACUGUGGAGGUGCCCCACGACCCACCAAAUAGCACCCACCUCACCAUGACGCCCAGACCCAUCUCCAAGCCCAACGCCACAGCGAACGCGUCCCAGGCCACUCCAGUUGGCACAGUAACUGGCAAUGCCAGUAUCUCAGUGGCAUCUACCCCGGCUCCCAACACCACGAAGGUGCCCGUCUCACUCGGGAGCACGACCAGCCACCCCCUCAGCAGCUUCUGCCAUUACUUCCUGCCCUGGCAUCUGAACGGGUCCAGUCCCAAACUAGUCGUCUGCCGCAACGGCGGCGUUGCCAACCUAAGCGAGUGCCUCUGCCCGCCCGGCUUCUCCGGCCCCUCUUGCGAGACCGUGGAUGACGCCGACCGGUGCCACAACGGCAGCACGGCUGUGGGCAACAGGUGCAUCUGCCCGCCGGGGCUGUCCGGGCCUCGCUGCGACGCCUACGACCGCGCCACGGCCUGCCAGAACGGAGCCACGGCUGUGGGCACCGAGUGCUACUGCCCCAGCGGCUACUACGGCCCCCGGUGCGAGGUCUACAACGCGAGCGCCACCGAGACCCCAGCCACCCACCCCGAUGCCGGCAGGCCCAAGUCCGCCCCCGAAGACCCCGGUGAUGCCACCAAGAGCACCGCUUCAACCAGGCGCUCCACCACGACAUCCGAGGCAACUGCUAGGAGCACGACCACUGCGAAGAGCACCGAGACCACCACCACCACCACCACCACCACCACCACGGCUCCUACGACCGCAGAUCCCUGCCAAAACGGGGGUUCCUGGACAGGGACCGGUUGUCUCUGCUCCCACAACAUAGACGGGUCCCACUGCCAGUUUGCAGCAUCAACCAUCAACAUCACCGCAGAGCUGGGCCCCUCGGCGACGCUGAUGGCACGCGUCACCAACCGGCUCUUCUCCGAAGCUCUGAGGAACUCCUCGUCCGCGGCCUACCGCAGCUUCGCGGAAGAGUUCGGACGGACGAUGGACCGCAUCUACCAGAACGUCUCCGGCUACCACGGUAUCAGGAUCCUGAACCUCACGAACGGCAGCGUCGUCGUCACCUACGAGGUCCUCCUGCACCCGCCGAGCGGAACCAACCCCGACACCGGCCUCGACCGCGAGUCCCGGGAGCUGCUGGAGACGCUGAAGUCCGCGGCUCGGCCCCAAAACUGCAGCCUCGGCGCGAGAGAGCUCUGCUUCAACGCUUCCUCGUCCGAGGUGACCCUCGCCGAGGAGCCGAAGCUCAACGCGACGGAGCUCUGCAGAAAGUACACGCCGGCCAACUUCAGCCGGUUUUACUACCCCUACCGGACGCGGUACAGUCUCCUCUGCGUCACCAACUGCACCCUCAACGUCCCCGGCACCAUCGACUGCAACGGCGGGCUCUGCCGGGUGACGCUGGAGGGACCUCGCUGCUUCUGCCCGGACGUGCCUUGGUACCUGACGGCCGGAGACCGCUGCCAGACCCACAUCAGCAAGCUGGGGCUGGGGCUGGGUGUGGGGCUGGGGCUGGGGUUGACCAUCCUGGUGCUGCUCAUCCUCUGCCUCAUCCUCACCACCUGCUUGGCCCAAGGCAAGACAAAAUCCAGAUCCCACAGCACCGGCAUCUACCACGUCAACGGCCGAGGUUAGGCGCCCGGGGAA